CCACUUUCUACAUCCCAUACUAGAUCCCAACUAACAGCCACGGUCAAAUGACAACUCUUGUGCGAUCUACCGGAAGGGCUUUGCCACUCUUGACUCAUAUCCGGAUCCCAUACAGACCAAAGUCAUCCACUAUAUCCACUGAACCGAUCUCAACUGCCAACUCAAAUGCAACCAUCUCCAACAAACAAUUACUUUAUACCACCGAUGAACUGUCUCCGGGAUCAGUUUUCUUUCUCCCACAUGGCACACGAGUGUUCAACAAGCUUGUCACAUUCAUGAAACAUCAGCAAAUAAAAUAUGGUUUUGAUGAAGUGAUCACGCCAUUGCUAUACAAGACUAAACUUUGGGAAACAUCAGGACAUUGGCAAAAUUAUAAAGAGGACAUGUUCAAAGUUGAAGGGAAUGAACAGAGGGAUGAAGUAGAACACGACCAUGAGCAUGAACAUGACCAUAGUCAUGCGCAAUACGGACUCAAACCAAUGAACUGUCCAGGACAUUGUCUUAUUUUCUCUAAAUUAGAAAGAUCAUAUAGUGAACUUCCUGUGAGACUUUCUGAUUUCUCUUCUCUCCACCGUAAUGAAGCUAGUGGUGCUCUUACUGGAUUAACACGUGUACGUAGGUUCCACCAAGAUGAUGGUCAUAUCUUUUGUGAACUCUCUCAAAUUGAUAAGGAAAUUUCCAACACUAUUAAACUUAUUCAAGACACGUAUUCUAUCUUUGGCAUUGAUAAGGUCGAGUUCAAGCUCUCUACUAGACCCGAGAAGUACAUGGGUGAAUUGGCCACUUGGGAUGCUGCUGAGGCUGCCCUAGCUCGUGUGUUGGAUAAUAUGGAGGGCCAGGCACAAUGGCUGGUUCGUGAAGGUGAUGGGGCCUUUUAUGGGCCAAAGAUCGAUGUGUUGGUGACUGAUGCCUUUGGUAAGCAACAUCAAGUUGGUACUGUGCAACUUGAUUUCCAAUUACCAGCUAGAUUCGAGCUCCAGUAUGUGGGACGUGACGGGUCUCGUGACAACCGUCCUAUAAUGGUUCAUAGAGCAGUAUUUGGAUCUCUCGAGAGAUUCUUUGCAAUUUUAUUGGACCAUUACCAAGGGAAAUGGCCCUUCUGGAUUAACCCUCGUCAAGCAGUGGUUAUUCCUGUCAAUGAGGGGAAUAGUGAAAUUGCUGAAUCGAUUGGUCAACAACUCCGUGGUGAGAUUGUUGGUUCUUUAAACACUUCUGCCAUGUCUCCACUUACUGGUCACAAUUUCUGGGUUGAUGUCGAUUCAAGAAAUUCCCCCGUGGGCGCCCGUAUCAAGGAAGCUAUUCAAAAGGGUUACUCCUAUAUUGUUAUGGUUGGUGAUAAGGAUGUUGCGAAAGGAACCGUUGCUGUUCGUACCAGAGACAGCCGUAAGGUUGCCGAUCUUAAAGUUGAGGAAUUAUAUCAAACCUUUGUUGAUUUAGAAAAGGCUUUCAAAUAGAUAUAUCCUCUCCAAGCAUGUAAAUAGAAUCAAAAGAAUUAUAAUAUAUUUAUAAGGUC